AUGAAAUUGCUGAGGGAUUUGGUGUUGCAGAGGAGAGAACUACAGGAUUUUUAUGAUGGCCUUCACUGGUGCUCUGAUGGAACCCUGUUUUUUGACACUAUUCCUGAGGUUAGUGUUGGCACUCCCCUUUACAAUAAGGAAAUGAAUACGCAUUCAAAGGACCUGUUUCAUGUCCAAAGUAUUCCAUUCGAGGUUGAUACGAAUAACAAACUUGAACAUCAAGUGAAUAGUAUCAAUACUCUGCUAAACUCUCAGCCAGCGUCCUUUGUCAGGAGCUGUAAACCCUGCCCGGUCGACCCCACUAUAAUGGCUGUUCUAACAAACAACGGUAAUGUUCUUCUGUUCAAAAACGACAAGUUGCUUUCGAACUUGGAUGAUCCUAACUCUACCAUAGAACAGAGAACGUAUCAUUGUUUUGAAUGGUGCCCGAACAAACUAUCAAUCGCCGUGGGAAAUGAGACAAAUGAACUCGUUUUAUUUACGCUGGGCAACGACGGUUCCCAGUCUUCUAAGAAUAUUACAUUAGGCUCUGUCAGUCAAUUACCACAAUGGGUUGUUCAUAUACGUUGGAGUGAUCAUGGUAUGAUCUGCGCUGCUUCUGAUAACGGUGUUCACUUCGUGGAUGGGUCCACAAUGGCUGCCGAUGAGAUUUUACCACCAGCAAGAUUCAAAAUAGUAAACAUUGAUAUUGUACACGAAUUUGCAAUAAUAGCGACAUAUGGUGCCGUCUAUAAAGUUAAUUUGAAAACAAAAGAUACCAAAAUGUUUAGAGUAGACCCAUUACAAGAAUUCCACAUAAUACCAUUGUUACGAACCAGAGAGGUUGUAUUCUUAUCUAACAGCUCUUCCUGUAAGUUAAACUUGGAUCAAGCUGGCGAAUUACUUUCUGAAGACAUCAUCUUUCCAAACCUAGAGAGGAAACUGAAAAAGUGGAACGAAGUCUGGAAUCCAUUGAAAAAAUACAAGUCAACGCUAUUUAUUCAUGGUGUUGCCCUAUCACCCGACGGGUAUUCUGUUGCCAUUCUCUACGAUAUUGACCGGGAUACUCUGAAGUACAAGAUCCAAUCGGAAUUCCAAUAUAAGGUAUCCUUCUUUCCGUUAUACGAUAAUUGGGAACUAUCAAAUAAGGCGUCAGGGUUGGCGUGGUAUCAAACGUAUCACAUCUACAAUAAGCAACUUCCCGUUACAGAAGAUAGUGCUGAGGUACCCACUCUUGACACAAGCGAGGGUCUCAAUUUGUAUCUUAACGAUAUCAUGAAUCACAAUUCCAUGAUUUACCGACUUUUCAACAAUUUGAUAACAACGGAGGUCCAAACUAUUGAUUUAUUUUACAGAUUGGUAUUCGAAUACGGCAGAGAUAACAUCACUAAAAUAGACAAUCUACUGGACCAGGCAUGCUUGGCAUCUUUGGCUAAAGUACUUGGUGAGAAUCCAACCUUCUUACCAUCCCAGCACCCCAUUCCAUUUAAAGGUGAGUUCAUAGAACAGGUCUUUCUUUUCGGAAGUGAAAAUGAAAAUCUUACAGAAAUUGAGUCACAAGAUGGAAAUACAUGGAGACGUUGUUCGGUGACGUUACUACCCUUGAUCACCACACGCGUAAAGGUCUGCCCUGUAACAAAACAUAGAAUAAUAGACAUUAACAAAGAUUUGUUGAAUGAAUACGGUUGGUUUACAAGAACUUUGUUGGAAUAUUUCAACGAGAAGAGUGUUUAUACUGGGAGCAAGUUGUUGUGA